CAACAUAGCAAAAAAGAUCAAGCCAUGGAAGAGAUAAAGAACCCAUCUGGGACUUCUCUUCUGGUACCAUCAGUUCAAGAGUUGGCUAAAGAGAACAUAUCUACUGUUCCACCAAGAUACAUUCAGCCUCAACAAGAACACUUGGACAUCUAUGAAGCUGAUCCUAUCCUUGAUAUUCCAGUUAUUGACAUGCAGCUCUUGCUUUCUGUAGAAUCCGGGAUUUCAGAAUUGGCUAAGCUUCACCUUGCUUGCAAAGAAUGGGGAUUCUUUCAGUUGGUAAAUCAUGAUGUUAGUACUUCCUUGGUGGAGAAAGUAAAGUUGGGGAUUCAGGAUUUCUUCAAUCUUCCAAUGUCAGAGAAGAAAAAGUUUUGGCAAACUUCACAGCAUAUGGAAGGAUUUGGACAAGCAUUUGUUCUGAGUGAAGACCAAAUACUUGAUUGGGCUGACAUGUUCUACAUGACCACACUUCCAAAACACUCAAGAAUGCCCCACUUAUUUCCGCAGCUCCCUCUUCCUUUCAGAGACACUCUAGAGCUAUACUCUCAGGAACUGAAAAAUCUUGCUAUGGUUAUUGUUGCAAAUAUGGGAAAAGCUUUGAAAAUGGAAGAAAUGGAAAUGAGAGAUUUAUUUGAAGAUGGGAUACAAAUGAUGAGGAUGAACUAUUAUCCUCCAUGUCCUCAACCAGAUAAGGUUAUUGGACUCACUCCCCAUUCAGAUUCAAUAGGUUUCACCAUCCUCCUACAAGUCAAUGAAGUAGAAGGGCUCCAGAUAAAGAAAAAUGGCAUGUGGGUUCCUGUUAAACCCCUGCCUAAUGCCUUCAUUGUCAACGUUUGGGACAUACUAGAGAUUAUAACUAAUGGAAUAUACCGAAGUAUUAAGCAUCGAGCAACGGUGAACUCUGAAAAAGAAAGGCUUUCGAUUGCAACAUUCAACAGCCCUAGACAAGAUGGAGUGAUAGGUCCAGCAGCAAGCUUGAUCACUGAAGAAACACCAGCAAGGUUCAAAAGAGUCGAAGUAAAGGAGUAUUUCAAGGGCCUAUUUGCUCGUAAACUUGAUGGAAAGUCUUACAUAGAUUCCUUGAGAAUAUAA